AUGAAAGAAAAUCUUAAAACUGACACAAGUGAUACCAUUUUUAAAAGAGAAGCCUCCCGUUCAUUAAAAUAAAUUUGCAGCUCUCAAUUCUAUUUCGAUAACCGGAUACCUCCAACCAAAUUAUCUCUUUAUCACAAAACCAGUCAGAACCAAAGAGUCUCUCAUUUCUAAACUCAAAUCCUCUACAGAAAUGACACAAUUAUUUAAAAUGAACACAACAAUACCAUCUUAUGUGGAAAGACUUACUUCACAAAAGCAAUGGAGUACUAGUACUUAAGAAUUUCUUGCGAGAAUUUAAUGGCACCUUUUGGUUGUUAAGUUCAUUGUUCCAGUGAAUUCUAAUUGAUGAUUUCAUAAGUUCAUCCCUUCCCCACUAAUUAAAAUUGUGAGUAAAUGAUUAAUAACAGAGGAUUUGUUGUUUCAGUAAUCAAAGGUGAAUUUAUUUAUAUCUCAGCCAUUACUCGAAAAGAUUCAGAACUUUAAUUCAAUCUCUUAACUAAUGAGCAAUCUGAAGAAAUUUAGAGAGUUAAAACUGUUUAAGAUACACCACCAUCGCUCUUAUAAAUGUUUAAUUUUUCUCAUUCCAAAUCUUUUUAGUAUAUAGUCAAUUCCAAUAAAGAACAGGCAGGAAUUAAAAAAAAUAGAUAUUAAGAUGAAAUAUCACGAUCAGACAGAUUCCUCAAAGUAUUAUCAACAAGGAACUUUUAAAGACAAUCUAACACACAAGCUAAAAUCUAAAAGCAAUAUCAAAUAAAGGCCAAGAAACUCUCUAAUCAAGAAAAAAUUCUAACCAAAAUUAUAAAUGACAAGAAAAGCCAAAAAGACAUUUUUGAAUAAUAAUGGGCCAUCAUUAUUAAUCUAAUUAAAAUGAGCUCAAAAAUUUUUGAUGCAUUUUCUCAUAAAAAGGAAAGAAUGAAGAAGAACCGAUUAGUAGCUUUUCGAAUCAAAUCCUUGUUAAGAUAAAUGAAAAAAACAAUGAUGCGUACAAAAGGAGAAUCCAUGGAUACACGAAUUUUGGUUGACAGUUUUAUGUCACUCAAGGCCAAAACAAAAACAAUCAAGAAUACUCUUAGAAAUCAUCAAGCUCUAAUAAUAUUACCAAUUUUAUAAUAAAGAUCUAAGAUUUACUGUCUAAAAGUGCAAAUGCUAAAAUUAGGAAACAAGCUCCAAAUUAUCAAGAAGCAUUUAAUUUAGUUUGAAGAAAAUUACACUAAAUACAAAAAUGAUAUGAUUAUCAAAUGGGAUAAUUUGAAUGAAAAGAUAAAGGAUGAAGAAAUCAAAUGGAAAUAGGCUGCUUUGAGAAAUAAAGGAUUAGUUACUUGGUUUUAAGUGUUGAAAGAUAAAGAUUUGGCUUAAUAAAUGAGGAAAUACUUUAUAUUUGAAUUAAUGAGGGAUAGGAUUAGAUAGCAUAUGAAAGAUCAGCAACAAAUUAAGAAAUAUAGAAUGGAUCUGAAAUAUUACAAAUAGAAAUUGAGAGUUUGUAGAGAUUUUACAGAAGCUGAUACCUUGAGGGGAGAAAUCUUUAGAUUAACAAAUGAUAUUUAUGCUAUGCAUAUGAAGAACCAACUAUUUAUGCAUGUUGAUGUUGAGAAGUAUUUUCAUAUGUUGGUAAGUAAAUAUGCAACUCUGAUUGAUGAAUCUGAGAAUUCAACUAAUGACUCAUAGGUUUAAUAGAAAUAGAAGUUUAGGCACUCUAGACUUACGCUGAGGAGAGUAACAAAGAAGUCUUAAAUUUGA